CAGUCUCUCCUCGUGUGUCGCUGUUUUGGGCUUGUAGUUGGAUGCUCGGCUGUGUGUUUUUGUGAAUGGAGAGGACAGGCUAGGGUAGGCAGCAUGGACAGGCGUCUCCAUCUCCCUCAAAGACAGAGAUGAGACCGGCUCCAAUUUGAGACGACACUUGGAAUAAAUCUCACAUACACUCGCGCACACCUGAGGAUCUGGACGAUUCCUCAGAGAGGAUGGCACACACAGAUGAGGACCUGAUUGGAAUCCCCUUCCCAAACCACAGCAAUGACGUCCUGUGCAGUCUCAAUGAGCAGCGACGAGACGGGUUGCUCUGUGAUGUCGUCCUAGUCGUCAGAGACCAGGAGUACCGUACCCAUCGCUCCGUUCUGGCCGCCUGCAGCCAGUACUUCAAAAAACUCUUUACCGUAGCAAGCGGUAGCGGCAGGGACUCCAACCAACAUGCCAUCUACGAACUUGACUUUGUGGCUCCGGAAUCGCUGACAGCCAUUUUAGAGUUUGCUUACACGUCGACGCUGACGGUGACGGCUUCAAACGUCAAGGAGAUCCUGAGCACGGCGAGGCUGCUGGAAAUUCCCUGCAUCAUAAACGUUUGCCUAGAAAUCAUGGAUACGGGCGGAGGGGGAGAAGGAGAUGAUGUGGCCGUAGAGGGGGAGAUUGAAGGAGAGGAGUUUGAGGGGGAUGAUGAGGAAGACGAGGACGAAGAGGAAGAAAUGGAAGAGGCAGAAAAUGACUCAAAAGAUGGCGACGACAAUAGCGAGAUAUCUGCACAGGCGAGCGUGUCCAAAAACCAGAAUGGUUGGGAUGAGUGCGCAGCAGCCAGCCCGCCCUGCAGUUCUCAACAGGGACCUGACCAGAACGUCCAUGAACCCCAAACGAACACCCCGGAAGCCCAGAACGCUGAAAAAUCCAGAGGGUCAGAGGGAUUAGAGGGCCGGACACUGAAGGACUUCUCAAUAGAGUCCCUGCUCCAGGAGGGUCUCUACCCGAAAGUGCCAGGCCUCGAGAGAGGAUCUGGCUUCUCACCUCUCCUUCCCGGCUUCUACCCUCCCAUGUGGGCAGCCGAAUUUCCAGGGUACUCUCAGCUUGUGGAGCCACGACAUCGCCCCCAUCCCUUCCCCAGUGGCUCGCUGGAAAAUGGCCCUUUGGACCUCGCCGUCAAGAAAGAAGUUAUCAAGGAAGAGUUGAAAGAUGAGCCCCUAAAUCCUGCCAUUCACAGAGAUUUCUUUAAAGACUUCAUGAGUCCAGGACUAGGCGUGACCUCUGACCCUGCCCUUGGUCAGAUCAAAGAUGGGGCAGACCUCAGGUCCUAUCUGAGUUUUCUUUCUGCCUCCAAUCUGGGAACGCUGUUUCCUCCCUGGCAGCUGGAGGAGGAGAGGAAGAUGAAGCCCAAAGCAUCACAGCAGUGCCCAAUCUGUAACAAGGUCAUUCAAGGAGCGGGAAAGCUACCACGACACAUGAGAACGCACACAGGAGAGAAACCCUACAUGUGUACCAUCUGCGAGGUUCGCUUUACCAGGCAAGACAAGCUGAAAAUUCACAUGCGCAAGCACACCGGCGAGAGGCCCUACAUCUGCCUGCAUUGCAACUCGAAGUUUGUUCACAACUACGACCUGAAGAACCACUUGCGCAUUCACACAGGCGUACGGCCGUACCAGUGCGAGCACUGCUACAAGAGCUUUACGCGCUCCGACCACCUGCACAGACACAUCAAACGGCAAAGCUGCCGCGUCUCGCGCCCGCGACGUGGCCGAAAGCCCUCCGCUUGGCGGUCCACCAACUUCCUCUUUCCUUCAGACCCCAGCGCCCCUCAAGGGGACAGGACCAUGCGGGUUCCGGUCACCAGUACCCCCUUGCUGGCUCAGCUGACUGAAAGACAGCACCCUCCAGGUGGACAGGGGCUGGAGGACGUAGAUGGCAGCAGUAACAGCCGGGAGAGUUUGAUGGACAGGAAGUUCAUCUCAGAGGAUGUGGACAGGAAACGGGGGAUUUUCACUUUCGCCGUGGCAACAGAGGAUGUUCUGCCUCACCCACCCUUCUAUAGUGCCACCUCCGACCCCUGGGCCGUGAGACUGGAGCGAGCCCCACCCAUUCCUGAGGCUGCAAAGUGAUUUUUAGAGCUCUGAUUGGCUCUCGGGUUAUAGGACAGCUAGAAGUUCAUCUGCCUCACCUGAAACAGCUGCUCACGUUGGACAUAACAAUGAAAACUCAUCACAAACUUUCCCAGACAGCAUACACUGACUGUGUAAUAUUAUUCAGAAAAAGGAGACUUAUUUUUUGUUUAAUAAGUCAGCUUCCAAUGGGAUAACAGGGAUUUUGAACACUUUUUUAAUAUUUGUUAAUAUUUUGGAUGUGUGUUUGUUAAAACAGUGUUUAAUAAUUCAACGUUUGCUAACAACAACAAAAACUUAAAGUAUGAUGCGCUCAAAAACUGUUCAGUGCAAUCGUAUGUGAAAUUUUCAUGCGAACAUUUGACAAUCAGGUAUUAAAGUGAAAAAUAGUCCUGCUAAAAUAAGCUCUAAUGUUUGCAUUUCUUACUGAAGAUUACUUAUUAAAAAAAGGAAAUUAUAAACCUACACAUUGUACAUCACUAUGCAAAAUAUAUAAUAUCAAGUGAGUGAUCAUGAAAGAAAAUAACAAUUUGUUAAUCUAAGAAAAAUCUCAGGAUCCGAAAAGUUUGGAUUAAAUUAUCUUGAUUUUUUUAAUACCCAUAUAUAACACAUACAAGCAAGAUGUCAAAUAAACCUGCAACUAAAAAAAUACUCUUGAUUAAAAUCACUUCUGUCUGCAGCAUUGAAAAUAAUUGUACAGAUUAUUUACUCUUUCGAAAUCCUAUUGUGAAACGAUGUAAUUGUUGUAAUUAUAUCUAUACUGAAAUUUGUAAAAUACCCAAAGAUGUGUCAUCUGAGAGCAAACUUGAAAGUCUUUUUAAAAUCACUUUUUCCAACUUUUUGCAAAGCAGGAAGUCUUUCACGUGUAUGACUUGCCAUUUUAAAGUGUCUUAUAGAGGUGCUUGUGUACAGAAAGAUAAAACAGGAAAAAAAUGGUCAUCACUUGGGUAAUUGUAAAUCUGCAUUGUUUGAACUAAAACAAGAAUAUUUUCAUGCUAUUUAUGUAUAUUUAAAAAAGCCUUGGCUAUAUUUUACUAAGAUGUUUUAUAAAGACACUAACACGUUUGUGUUGUGGUUUAUCAGAAAGGGGUUGUGUUUUCAAAAGAGAGAAUGUGUGACAAUGCAGUAUAUACCGUAUCAUAAAUCAUUUCUCUCCAAUUUAAUAUCAUUUAGUCAUCAAAAGGUUGUUAGGAGGAAAAUCACAUAUUUUUUCCUGAAGAACUUUUUAAUUAUAAACAAUUCAAUUUCGAAUACUUUCGAAGCACAAGCAAAAUAUCAGUCCAAACAAAAUGAAAUAGCCAAUGUGUUGUAAAUGUUAAGCUACAUAAAAUUGUCUGAAAAUUGAAGAUAAUUUAUUACAGCACUUGACACGUAUGUUGGUGUGCAAAAUGCAAAGACAUGUUUUAAUGGCCAAUGAAGGUGCUUAAAGAUUUGUGUAUAUAUAUAUACAGUAAAGCCCUUCUAAGGUGGGAAUUUACUUGCACUAUUUGUUUGAUGAUGUUUUACUGAUCAAUAUUGAUUAUGAUGUAUUGAUAUCUAAACUUAAAAGAUGACAGAACGUGUCUAAGAUAUGCACUUUACUCUUUACACAAGAACAAUUUCAGUGAAAGUCAUUUUUAUAAAUGUGUGUGGUAUUUGUAUAUUAGAUUAAUCCCUGAAUCAAAUUAAUUCAAUGACUGGAAUACAAUAAAAAAGAAGCUUUUCUCAAAAAUAUUUUGUUUUUCUGACUAUUUCUUUUUGGGUGGUGGACCCGUUCUUUUAACGCAGAUCUUUACUGCGACCUAAAAUUACUCUGAAAUCAUAGCAUGUGGUAGUUUGUUGUGACACAAGGCGAUAAGGAUUCAACAGACAGGCCUUUCUGGCACGAUGAACCAUCAGUGAGUAAUCUAAACCCACACAUUCUAACUGCGCUUUACUAGCAGCCAAUGUCCUGAGCACUAAAACCUGUGCUGAAUUAUCAAAAAUGUUCAGUAGUACAAACUUUU